AUGGAGUCUCCUCUGAUCUCACCCCGAGACGGAAACCUUUUCCGAUCAUUCGGGUUCGGUCCGCAGUGCCCUGUUCCCUAUCCCACUGUUCACCAGGCCUUCAUAGAUCGUGCAACGCAAUAUCCUGACACCAUCGCCAUCUGUGAUCUUUCCCACAACAAAUUGGUGGAGAUCACAUACGGUAAGCUGCUUGUGUAUUCCCAGUUCAUUGCUCUUCGACUUCAAAAUCAUGGUGUGGCACCGGGCAGCAGGAUUGUCCUUUCCACAAAACGGAGUGUGGAGAUGGUGGCAGGUAUUCUGGGCAUCCUCAUGUGUGGCGUGCAGUAUGUCCCCCUCGACGGUGCUGUUGUUCCGGACCAGACAUUGGAACAUGCUGUGAUUCAAUCCAAGAGCUCCGUAGCGUUGUGUACGGGUGCCUUUGGGUCGAGACUGCAUGCCUUUCCGCAACUAUCUUCGCUUCUGAUACUAGAGGAAUUAAUCGCGGAGGCGGAGCGUACUGGGUUCCGGGUUGACACCACUCGUUUGAUUUGUGAGGGAGACGAGAAUUCGGGGUGCUAUGUGAUCUACACCUCUGGUACCACCGGCACCCCCAAAGGUGUCGAUGUCACGCAUGGGAAUGUUACAAACGUCGUCUGCCAUGCGCCUGGCAAUUUGGGAAUGUCCCGUGGCUCCAGGGUGGGGCAAGUAUUGUCAAUUAGUUUCGACAUGGGUGCAUGGGAAAUACUGGGAAGCCUCUGCAACGGCGCGACUUUGGUCUUAAGAGGGUCCGAUUGGCACGCAGCGCUACAACAGGUUGAUACGCUGAUAUGCACCCCGAGCAUACUCAGUCGAUACCGUCCCGAAGAUUUCCCCAAUAUCAGAUGUGUCGCCACUGCUGGCGAGCCAUGUUCUCAAAGUCUCGCAGACAAAUGGGUGGCGAACGGAGCAACCUUCUACAACUGCUGCGGCCCAACAGAGAUCACCAUCAUCAACACCAUGCAUAGACACAAACUUGGCCAGCAGUUGACCAUCGGAAGGCCUCUCCCAAACACAAGUGUGUAUAUACUGAACAAUAAGCAACAUCCAGUUGCGAUUGGAGAGGUUGGGACUAUGUGGGCUGGCGGAGCAGGGAUCACAAGAGGGUAUCUCGGACAGCCCGACAAGACUGCCGAACGCUAUCGCUAUGAUCCUUUUGUUGAUGAUGGCCACUCAAUGAUGUUCAAUACCGGCGACUUGGCCCGAUGGCUUCCGGAUGGGAACUUGCAAACGCUGGGACGCAAUGAUGAUCAGGUCAAAAUCAAGGGCUUCCGUGUCGAGCUAGAUGGCGUCAGCGCGUCAUUGGCGUCGUACCCGGAUGUUAUGGAGGCUGCCGCCAUCAUGGUGGAAGGAGACCUGGUCGCAUUCGUCACCCCUCGGACGCUCAGUUCGCAGGAAAUAGAGAUACACUUGAAAGCGAGACUCCCAUAUUAUGCUAUCCCAACGCAACUACAUAGCGUGGAUGCGUUUCCACUGACGCCAAAUGGCAAGGUCGACAAACGGGCCCUGGCUCAGUUUUGCCGCUCCCAAAAACAGACACAAUCGCACAGUGUUUCGGAGAUACUGAAUGAGAAGAGGCAGAUUAUUUUCAGCUCUCCUCACGAAACUGAAUCAACUCUAUCAGAGUCGUCAGAAUCACUCCACAAACCCUUGCCGUUGGCGGAGAAGAAGGACCGGAAGGCCAUUCGGGGGCUCAGGUACCGCAUUUUCAUUGUCUACAGGAGGCUUUUCACGCUCGUAUGGCUGGCCAAUAUUGCUGCUCUUUUGUGUGUUCUGCUCGUUCCGAAGGUUGGGCCCCAGUGGAUCUCAACGAUCGCCUUCAUCAACCUUACCAUUGCUGUCCUCGUCCGCCAGGACGCUGUCAUCAAUAUCCUCUACACAAUCUGCUGCUCAGUGCCAAAGUCAUGGCCAUUGGCGAUCCGUCGCCGGUGCGCAAAAAUCUAUCACCUUGGUGGAGUUCACUCGGGUGCUGCAAUGGCUGCUACGGCCUGGUUUGCCGGCUCUAUUGGUUACAACAUUUACAACUGGGCCGACGAUGCAGGAGUGAUGGCGAAGAUCUCACCCGCAACUCUCACCCUUUCCCUGCUUGUGUUGCUUCUCUUAUGUGCAAUGAUCGGCUUUGCAUAUCCGACUUUCAGGAAGAAGCGUCAUAAUAUGUUCGAGCGCAUUCAUCGCUUCUUCGGCUGGACCAUCCUCGGCAUCAUCUGGAUCCAAACAAUCUUCUCCAUACGGGACCAGUGCGGCGUAGACCAAACUUUAGGUCGGGCCGUCGUCUCUUCGUCUAAUUUCUGGAUGUUACUGGUCAUCACCGCUAGCAUUGCAAGCUCGUGGAUGUUCCUACGGAAGAUUCCCGUCGAUGCCGAGGUCCUCUCCAACCAUGCCGUGCGGCUUCACUUUGACUAUACGAUGCCGGUCAACGGGACUUUUACACGACUGUCCGAACGGCCUCUCUUAGAGUGGCACUCCUUCGCGACAGUUCCAGCCCCAACCGCAGUGGAUGGUAGACCGAAGGGGUACUCAUUAGUAGUAUCGCGUGCAGGGGACUGGACAGGACGGCAGAUCAGCAAACCACCCACGCACCUGUGGAUUCGUGGUAUCCCCACGUGCGGCGUGAUGCGCAUCGCGACCCUCUUCAACAGAGUCGUCCUCGUUGGAACCGGCUCAGGUAUCGGACCUCUACUUGGCCACAUCCAGGUCCCAACAUGUCCUUUCCGCCUGGUCUGGUCGACGCCAAAUCCGGUGGAUACAUUUGGGAAGGAUAUCGUGGACGCAGUCUACGACGCGGAUCCGGGAGCUGUCGUGCACGACACGAAGAAGCAGGGCCGGCCGGACCUGGUGCGACUGACGUGGGAUGCGGUCCAGGAUUUCCAGGCGGAGGCUGUGAUUGUGAUUUCGAAUGAGAAGCUGACCAAGAAGGUGGUUUACGGGAUGGAGACGAGGGGAAUUCCUGCGUAUGGGGCUAUCUGGGAUAGCUAG